AUGGCCGCCUCUCCUCUCGCUGCCCAUACAGAUAGCGAGCGUGCACCUGUGAAGCACUCAGACAGUUGGAAUCCUAUGGACGACUCCGCCCGCGACCACAUGGGUCCUGGCGGGGACUUGGACCUCAACGGCGGUGCGCCUCCCGCUGAUGACCGUGCCGUCCCGGGUGCGGAGGGGGCUGAAUAUCCAGCCCCUGGCUCCGUCAAUGGCAACGGGACAGAUAGUGGGGAUGCCACUGCCCGCUCGGACGCUGCUCAGCGCGGCGAGAAGAUUGUCAAGGACCCACAGGGCUUCGUGACAUGGCAACCAUCGUCCGCGAAUGGGCUCGCAGCAUCCGCUACGCUGAACAAAGUCUACAUCGGCGGUCUCCCUGAGCACACCCGGAAAGAGGACCUGGAGAGUUGCUUCGGCAAGAUUGGGAACAUUGUGAAUAUCGAACUCAAGGUGGGGUACGGAUUUGUGGAAUUCGAUAGUCGCGAAGCUGCGGAAGAAAGCGUGGCCAAAUACCACGAGGGCUACUUCAUGGGGAACAAGAUUCGUGUCGAAAUAUCUCAUGGUGGCGGCAGAACUGCGAAGUACAGCGGCGACCCUGGUGCCUGCUUCAAGUGCGGUCAAAUGGGUCACUGGGCAAGGGAGUGCCCCAAUCAUCUCGCCGCAGGGCGUCGUCCGAGCCAUCUUGGAAGUGAACCUCCACUCAUUGACCGUCUCACGGCUGCCAGGGACUACCCGCCUCCGCUGCGGGACUAUCCUUACCGUGGUGACUACCCGCGUUACCCGCCUCCUGGAGAUCCUCGUUACUAUGAUUACCCUCCGCCACCCAGGCGGGAUGGCUUCUAUGGGCGGCCGCCUUCGCCUCCCAGGGACUACCGCGACUACCCCCCGCCGCCUAUCCGGUCUGCUAGGGACUACGACGAUUUCAGGAUGAGGGGUGCUCCGCCCCCUCCCGCUCGUCUUGACUCUCGUGGCUAUUAUCCUGAGGGCGAAGCUGUGCCUCCCCCUGGCUACCCUCCUCGUGGCUACCCUCCUCCGCCUCCCAGGGACUACUACGACCGCUAUGAUAGGAGGACGGGAGCUCCUCCCGACAGGUAUGGUACGUACCCGGCUCCUGCGUCUGUGAGGCCCAGGACUCCGCCCGGUGCUCCGCCUGCACGUGCUGCUCGUGAUGACUACGAUCGUCCGCCUGUUCGCGAAUAUCCUCCCUCUGAGACGCGCGGUAGAGCCGCUUCUCCGGCUCGUUAUGCCGACUAUCCUCCCCCGCGUACUGGGAGCGUUGAGGCCCCACGCUACAGGCGUCGCUCUCAGAGCCCCCCUGCCCGUUCCGCUUCUGGCGCCCCUUACGAACCGGCGGGCUACACUAGCACUGGCGGUGCAACCUACAACGGCAGCUCUGGAGGCUACGGCACCAACGGCUACUCCAACGGCGCACCUGCUAGGAGCUCUGGCAGCACUCGAGACUACCCACCUCCCCGCUCUCGGGAGGUCGAGCCCGCUGGCGGCUACCGGCGCUCCUGA